UUCUUUCUUUUUAGAUUUCUCUCUUUUUUUUGCUCAUUUAUUUAAAAUAUUUUCUUUUAAUUUAUUCAAUAAAAAUAUGGAAGAAGAAUUUAUAAAAGAAGAUAAAGAAAGUAUUGAAGAUGUUGGGGAAGGUGAACCUGAAGAAGGUGAAAUUAUGGAUGAUGAAGAAGAAAAAAAUCAGAUAAUAAUUAAAAAAGAGGAAAAACAACAAAAAGAAAUAAAACAAAAAAUAUCAGAAACAGAAAAAAUAAAAGAAAAUAAAGAAUCGUCUCCAAAUCAUUCUUCUUCGUUACAAUCUUCUGAACAACAAAUAAAAUCUGAAUUUCAAAGAGGAAGUAGUUCUUGGCGAAAAUCUUUCGGUUUUUCUGGCGGUCAUCAUGGGGGAAGUGGACGUGGUUCAAUUGGUAGUAGUAGAUUUUCAAGGGGUGGGAAUGAUUCAAAUGCUCGUUAUCGUGAUUUUGAUGGACGUGUUGCAAUGAGAAAUAAUGACCAACAAGAGGAAGAAAUGCUUGAUUCUUGGAAUGCUUGUAUUCGUGGAAGUAUUCAUAAUCCCCAUCAUUAUAAUUCUCGUCGAGGAGGUCGAAUGAAUUCCCCAUCUGGUGGAGGGGAUAUAUCCCCAAUUAGAACAUCACCAAUGAUCGAAGAAGACGAAGAAAAAGAUUUUAGUAAAUCCUCAGAACAAUCGCCAUUAAAAAAACAAACAGAAAUUCCUGUAACCCAACAACAACAAAUUGAUGAUGAUAAAGAUUUUAGAGGAAUAGAUUCUAAUACAAUUGAAAGUCCAUCUCCACAAAAUAAACAAAGUCCUCAUCAUCAACAUUAUUCAGAUGAUAAUGAUUUUCGACGUUCUUCUAUUCAUCAAUCACAUUUUAAUCGACAAACUUCACCUUCACUUGGAUUCUCAGAAGAGAGACAAUUUGAAGGAAAUAAAAGACGUCAUUGUUCACAAAGUCCACCAGUUAAUAUACAAGCCAGAUCACAAUUCCCGCAUGAAUCAGAAGAUUUUGAUACUCCUUAUGGAAAUGCUGCAAAACGUUAUCGUCCAUUUUAUGGGAGUGGGGGGCCGCCCAGUGGAGACGGAUUUGCACAAAAAGAUGAAAACUUUGAUAAUUUUCCUCCAUACGAUGAAAAUGGUCCUUGGUCUUCUCGGCCACACAGAGGUGGCGAGGAAGGGGAUUUCCCUCACCAAUUUUAUUCUGGAGGAGAUAGAGGUGGAAGAGGAGGGCGAACACAAGGAUGGGGUUAUAGAGGUGGACGUCCAUUCUUUCCUCGUUUAAUUUGCAAAUUCUUCCGUGAGGGGUUUUGUCGUGAUGGUGAUCAAUGUACUUUUAGUCAUUUAACUGGAGAUUCUCAUCGUCGACCAGAAUUAUGUAGAUAUUACCAACAAGGAUAUUGCAAAAAGGGACUUUUUUGUCAAUUAAUGCAUGGUGAAUGGCCUUGUAAAGCUUUUCAUAAAGGAGAAUGUUCUAAAGAACAAUGUUCUUUCUCUCACGAACCUUUGGAUGAUGUUAGCAGACCAAUUAUGGACAAAAUACUCGAAGAAGAAAAACUUGGAUUAACACGUCCACCACAACAACAGCAUCCACGUUUUGAUGUCCCACAACAACAAACUCCACAUAUGGGUAGAGGUGUUCGUCCAUUUUUUCGUCCACGCUUCCAAGGGCCCUAUCAUGAGCAAAUUGGUGGUCAGAAUUUCCCCCAAUCGCAAGGCCCACAGGCACCUCAGCGACAAUUUCAUCGUAAUCCACAUCAACAAAUUGGGUUGGGUGCUCCACAGCCACCUCAACAACAUCAACAGCAGCCAUUCUUUAAAAAGCAACAACAUCCAAUGAGUGAAAGUUCUGCUCCUAGACAUCCACUUUCACCUGAAAAUUUACAUCAAGGAUCUUCUGAAAUAAAGUAA